ACGCCCUAAUCGCGCACAUGUAUAUUACGUCACUUCCUCUUUGCCGCCAACAUUUGCGACGGUGGAGAGUUUUGGAUUUGAUUUGCGUCAGCUGGAUUUGAUUUCCGACAGUUGGGUGAUCGGGUGGCCGAAACAGAGAUCCAACAACUGUAUAUUUAACAGCUGAUUGCCACAGUCGCUACUAUUCCAUAAACCGUAUUCCAAAAACAUCCAUUCAUCUGUCAGUAACGGAUCACCUCCUUCAACAGAGUCACCACGUUUAAAGGAUGACAUGCAGUUACGAACUGAAAGAUAGAAUAUGUCCUGGACAAAAACCGUCCUCCAGGAGAGCUUAUAGUGAAGGAGGAUGAUAUCUGCUCAACCUGUGAAGACUUUUAGGGCCUGAAUAUGGUAAAAUGGAUGGAAUCCUCCUUCUUUUCUCAGCAGAUGUCAGGCAGCUGCUGCAGCAUUUGGAGUUCCUGGAGCGGUUUAUUAACAGUGAAGAUCCAGGACCAGAAUGUGAACAGGAACUCUCCUGCAGUCCUCCUGAACCUCCAUUGUCACUGAGGAGGUGGUGGCCAUUCGCCAUAAGGACCUUCAGCUUCCAAAAACCCCUGAGGACCUGGAGGUGGAGUCCCGAGGGUUUGCAGGGCUGGCACAGCACAGAGUUUUUCCUCAAAGCUGCAGGUGCCAUCGAUGGACGCCACAUCAGGAUCAAACCUCCUGGUGACCCUGGCAUCAUUCCAAAAGCGCUCUCGAUUAUAGAGCGUGCUUUUGGAAUUAUGAAGACAAGAUUCAGAGGCAUCUUCCUGCAUGUGCUGGAGGUGCAUCACACCUUUGUACCUCAUGGAAGUGAACUAACACAUAGCAGCAUUUUGUAUUCUUUGGAAUAUAUUUCGAUUAAUUUAUAUAUAUCAUGGUGCCCCUUCAAUUGGACCCAGCUGUUGGACAUCACCUCAUCACCGGUCCUCAUCUUAAGGAAGGCCUGCUCCAGUAGUCAUCGCCAGUUCGGUCCAUCCGUCGCCUCCGAUCUUCUCUGCUCGCCACACUCCAUCAGCCUGCCUCUCUGCUUGGAUCAUCACCCGCCAUUCCAGAUCUGUUCUUCAGCUCCUCAAUAACCACGGACAAUAAACUCUUGUCACACAGCGACCCCAGAUGAUGAUGUGGAGGUGGUGGUGAUGAUGAUGAUGAGGAGGCUGGUUUAAAGGUCAUCAGUAGUGCUCUCUGGCAGGACCAACUACCUGCUGAGGUUUCUGCCCUGGGGGAGGUACCACCUGACCUUGAUUACUUUUAACAGGU